GUAAAUCGAUUGUUGCUUGCACAUUUUAAGUUAAAUCGGACAGGAUUUGAAUAUAAAUGCUAAAAGCGAAAGUGACGAUUCUUUUAUUUGUAGGCUGUGUGCAGAUCGCUUUUGCCGAGUGAAAGAAGAAAUGGGAUAGCGAGCGCGCUCACAACCAGUUUUGACGCGGCGGUAGGCGCGAAAUGACGUCCGCCAUAUUAAGAAUUUCGACGCGCGUGUUUUGAAAAUUAACACGUUAAUAAUUACUUUGUCACAUAAAACUAUGGAUUUAAAAGAAAUAAUAAAGUGGUUCAUACCGUGUUUUCAUAUAUUGCUACUAAAAAGAGUGAAAAUGUUUAAUUUUGUUUACGUUUGUUUGUUUUUACUUUUUAUUUGUCGACCCGGUUACGGCGCGGGCGUAAACAGCCUAGUUAGUGGUGAUAUUGAUACCAAAAAUGUAGUUAGUUUUAAGUAUUUAGACAGUAAAAUUAACCAAAGUGACUUUUAUGGUGUGAAAAAUACGGGAAACGAAGGCAGAGCUAUGGACACAUCAGUCGGUAGAACCUUCGGUCGUCCUAUGAAGAAGCUGAUGCAGGCGCUGAUCCCGCUGGUGUUCCAGAUCGGCGCGGCGUCCACUUGGGCGGUGGUCGCCGCUCUCGUCGGCGUCAAGACGCUUGUCGUCACGCUGGUUAUACUGAAGAUACUGCUCGUGGCUGGAGCUGCUAAGAUCGGCGCUCUCUUCGGUUCCAAGUCCCACGGGCACGGCUGGGAGGCUCCCCAUCAGAAGGAGAUCCACCUUCACAUACACAACGGGCAAGCACAUGAGGAGCACGUGCCUAUAUCCGCUUGGAGUCGAGAGGGCACAGCCGGUACUGCAGCAGACAAGAAUAUCAACCUCGUUGUGAACCCUUACGCGGCCGCCACGGGCCCGCAGACCAUCAGCACGCCGUUCGGGAAUUAUGUAAGGGUAGGACAACCUAAUGCAAUAGAGUCGAUAGUAUCGUAGAAUUGAAAUGUAGUUUUAGUUAAUGCUACUUGUGAAUGUUGUUAGAUUGUAUUGGUGCUAUAUACAGGUAGUUUUGUAUUUGAAACUCUAGUUUUGCAUUCAGAAAAAGUUGCUUUUAGUUGUGUUUGUUUGUAAGGAUUACAAAUGUUUAAUUUAUUGAAA